AUGUCUGUAACACCAUCUGUGGGUAUUAGUUUUCACGAGCUUGUAUUGCAGGAGGAGUAUUUAAUGUCAUUGCGUCCAAUAUUGAUGUACGCAAGUACUAAACGACCAACAAGUUGCAGGUCACAGGAUAUAUUUGAGAGAGCCGUUCAGGAUCCGUUCGGAUGGUCAAGUGAGGAUUCACCGCCAUCUUUUAGCGGAUUCAACGGUUUCAGUAAAAGUGACAGUUUUAACGGAUUUGAUAGGUGGUGUAUGGGCGGAAAUAAUGGUAGUGACAGUAGUACUAGUAGUACGAAAGAUGGUAAUGGAGUGCCGAAAUCAUCACAAUCACCACCAAGGAGUAAUAGUAUACCAACACAUUUGUUUGGUCUAGAGCGGUACGUUUCGAGUGGACUGGAUGAGUUGAGUGCUAGGGAUUGUGCGCCAUUGGGGAAGCAACGUAAGAAGAGUUUUAUCGAGAUGUCGUUAGCUAGUUCCUUUUCAAGAGAUGAAUAA